AUGACAUUCCAGUCCCCAUCUUGGGUGCCCCCCAUACCAGGCCCCAUUCCGGAUUCCACAUCCGUAGGGGAAUUCGUUCUCACCCAGAGCGGUUGCUCGACUAGUUUAGCGGGUCCCAAUACGCCCUUCGUGGAUGGAGUUUCGGGGUUGAGCUAUACCAUUGAGGUGCUUCGUGAGCGUGUGGAAAACCUCUCACGAUCUCUGGCUGCACGGCUGAACUGGUCACCGACUAGAGGAUCACCCUGGGAGAAGGUUGUGGCAAUCCAUAGCGUCAAUACAGUUGAUUUCUUUGUCCUGUGCUGGGCAAUCCACCGCCUCAAUGGCAUCUGUCUCCCAAUCCAUCCCACAACAUCGGUGGAUGAAAUAACCAGCCAUCUAGCCAAAGCGAAUUGCACAACAAUCUUCACUCAUCCGAGACUUGCUUCCACGACGUGGGACGUUGCUCAACGGUUAUCCAUCCCAUCCGAGAAGGUUUUUAUGCUCUCACUUGCCGGGCUUCAUGGCCUUCAGACAGAGUCGCCCGUCAGUGAGGCACCAUGCCUCGAGCAGCUGGUUCUGGAGGGCACCACGAUGCCUCCAAUUCCCGGGCAGCAGUGGGCGCCCGGUCAGGGGAAAGAACAGGUCGCCUUUCUUUGUUCGACGAGCGGCACCUCGGGCAAGCAGAAGCUUGCCAUGCUGACACACUACGGCAUCAUCACCAACCUACUCCAGAUACAAACCUUUGAGCAACACAUUCGACAAGGGCGCUCGGAGGUGGUCACCGGCUCUGUUCCGUUUACGCAUUCAUAUGGUAUUCUGCUCGGACAUCUGAUCCCCUGGCGAGGAGACUCGCUUGUCGUCUUCCCCCAGUUCGAUCUUCAACAGAUGCUACAGGCAGUCUCUCGAUAUCGUAUCCAGAGACUGUAUCUGGUCCCUCCUAUCUUAGCGGCUCUCGCAGCCAGCCCAGCCUUACUCCAGCUCUAUGACUUGUCAUCAGUCACCAGCGUGCUCACCGGUGCGGCCCCCCUUGACCGGUCGCUUGCUCAACGGCUGAGUUGCCUGCAGCCGGCUUGGGCCUUCCUUCAUGUGUUCGGUCUGACAGAAACGUGCAUCAUGGCGACCUGCACGAGCUGGCACGACGUCUGGCUAGGCUCGUCGGGAUCGCUGCUGCCCGAGUUCCAGCUGCGUUUACUGGGGCCCAAUGACGAGGUAAUAACGAGCUACGGAGUACCCGGGGAGAUUUGCUUCAUGUCUCCAAGCCUUUUCGUUGGGUAUCUUGGAGACGAAGAAGCGACCAAGCAGACGUUCGAUCGGCAUGGCUGGCUGCGGACUGGAGACCUCGGGUGUAUGCAGCGAGGGCCGCUAGGAACGGAGCAUCUAUUCAUCGUCGAUCGGAUCAAAGAUAUGAUCAAGGUGAAGGGCCUGCAAGUCAUCCCUGCUACCAUUGAAUCGAUCCUCCUGCAACACCCAGGCGUUCACGAUGCCGCUGUAAUAGGGAUCGCCGAUUCCCUCGCCGGUGAACGCCCGCUGGCGUUUAUCGUACGCUCUCCGUUCGAACUGUCUGAUGUCGAUGAGGAAGAUUUUCAGGAGAUGUUAGACGACUACGUCCAGGAGAGGUUAGAAGAGACACACUGGCUAUGCGAUCGGAUUCUCUUCGUGCAGGAAAUCCCAAGAAGUGCGAAUGGUAAGCUUCUGAGAAGGGAAUUAAGGGCCAUGAUGCCACUCAACUGA